UUCUACCACAACUUUUCAACUUUUUCCGAAAUUCCAAAAAUGCAAAAUUCUGAAUCCCGCUAUUUUUUAAAAAGCAAAUGCCAAUGUGGCAUCUCUAACUACCAACUGUUAGAUAAAUACCAUUGUUUUCAUAAUAACAAUUUUUGCAGCUGCCAUACUGCAUCAGUAUGAGAACUUUAUUAUUAAGGUUAAGAAGUAACUUCUUCAAACCUACGGAACAAGUUCAUUGGCGACGAGUUCUGAAGCCGGUAUGUUGUGUAAACCUUUCAAAUUCAAAUAGCAGUAGGGCUUUUUUGAGAAAUCUAGCGACGUCGAAUUGUAAUACUGGGAUAUUAAGCAUUAUAAGACCAUACUCUUCCUCUCCAAACGUUGCAGCGUUAGAUGGAGAAAAACCACAUUGUAACAUUGGCACUAUUGGUCAUGUAGACCAUGGCAAGACUACUUUAACAGCAGCCAUAACAAGGGUGUUAUCAAAGAAAGGUUUAGCAGAUUUCGUUUCAUAUGAUCAAAUUGAUAGAGCACCCGAGGAAAAGGCUAGAGGAAUAACAAUAAAUGCCUGUCACAUUGGUUAUGCUACACCACAAAGAACAUAUGCUCAUACUGACUGUCCCGGCCAUGCUGAUUAUAUUAAGAACAUGAUAUCUGGGGCAUCGCAAAUGGAUGGCGCUAUACUGGUUGUUGCUGCAACUGAUGGACAAAUGCCUCAGACCAGAGAACAUCUGUUGUUAGCCAAACAAGUAGGUAUAGAAAAAAUUAUAGUUUUUAUAAAUAAAGCCGAUUUGGUGGAUCAAGAAGUCCUGGAACUGGUAGAAAUUGAAAUGCGUGAAAUGUUGACGGAUUUCGGAUUUGAUGGCCUUAAUAGCCCAGUAAUUUGCGGCUCUGCUUUGUUAGCCUUACGUGAUGACACAUCAUCAUUUGGUGUACCAUCGAUUGAGAAAUUGGUAGAUAGUAUUGACUCGUAUGUACCGACACCUAAACGUGACUUCGAUUCGCCUUUCAUAUUGCCCAUCGAUAAUGCUUUCACUGUGCCUGGGCGAGGUACUGUUGUAGUUGGCACCAUAAAACGAGGAACAAUAAUCAAAAAUGCUGAGUGUGAUCUUUUGGGUUUCAAUCAGAAUAUAAAAACCUCCGUGGGUGAUAUACAAAUUUUUCGCAAGAGUAUACCAAAGGCGGUAGCUGGGGAAAAUAUUGGAGCUCUACUGCGUGGUGUUAAAAUAUCCAGUGUCGAACGAGGAAUGUUAUUAUGUGCACAAGGAUCAGAAGAUAUUUCAAAUCAUUAUUUGGGCUCCAUGUAUUUAUUGUCACGGGCUGAAGGCGGACGCUCUAAACCAAUGCUUUCCAAGUAUAUACAACAGUUAUUUAGUGUUACAUGGAAUGUACCUGCGCGCAUUGAUAUGAUUCCCGCAAAUAGUAUGUUAAUGCCUGGGGAACAUGCAAACGUACGAAUAACUCUGCUAAGAAAAAUGGUUAUGACAAAUGGUCAAGCUUUUACGAUACGGGAAAAUGGCGCUACUGUUGCUACUGGCAUGAUUUUAGAACGAAAGCCCUCUAUCGAUUUACCCAAAAACAAAUUAUCCAAAGCAAUUGUUAAUUAUGAUUAAGCAAAAUAAAAAUUACUUUGAAAUAAAUUUUUAAAUUUGAAAGUUGAA